AUGCAACCAUCUUCGUCAUCUGAGGUUGAAAAUGUGAAAACUGCAAAACGAAAAAACCGAAUGCUUCAACGAAAUAAACCUCUUAUGGAGAAGAAGCGAAGAGCACGAAUCAACAAAUGUCUUUUAGAAUUGAAGCAAAUUUUGAUCAGCGUUGAGCACAAGAGUUCCGCAAAAAGUUCAAAGUGGGAAAAAGCGGACAUUCUCGAGAUGACAGUUGAAUAUUUGAGAGAUCUCCAAUCGAAAGCCGUUCUUGAUUCCAUCGCGACGUCUUCUUCGCCGUCAAGAUCUCCGCAAUCGGCUUCAUCGUCGGAGACGUCGACACCGCCAGCAACACCGUCGUUCAUUCCCAACAUUCUUCCCGCCCAUUAUUUUCAGCAUGUGCUCGCCUAUCAACAACUUGCUCAAAUUUCGAUGAGCUGCGCGCCGUGGAUGCGAGUCGAAAAAGAGGCUCGGGCGAAUUAA